AUGACGGACAAUAUUCCUUUACAACCAGUAAGACACAAAAAAAGACACGACAAUAAAAACAGGAAUGGGUAAGAACAAAAAAAACGUUUACACAGUAAGUAGAAAUGACAACAACGAUAUGAGGCGGAUGUUAGGCUGUUAUUUAGCUCGUUGGCUAAUAACAGAAUGAAUUGUUUACAAAACCGCGGACGAAUAUAUUCGCUACAUUGUAACCGUUCAUUCUAAACGUUAACGAUAAAUGGCCUUUUUCAUAACGAAUUUACGGGAUUUGCCUUGGUUGUGGAAAUAAAUGUGUAAUCGAAAAUGAGUCAUUCAUUGUAGCGAAAGGGAUGACUGACAUCCUUGUUCCGGGUGCUGUCUGUCCUGUCGGUGCUAGUAGGCCUAACGUUACACUAUUAAUCGUCUUGUUUGUUUAGUAUCUGGACUAGAUAGGCCUAUAGGACGGCAAAACAACACCCCAAUCAUUAUGCCUAAAAAAAUAAGGUGGGGUAAGGUAGCAUGGCUGACAGGCAUUCGUUGUGUCAUAGUCCCGUGUAGCUUAGUUGGUAGAGCAUGGCGCUUGCAACGCCAGGGUUGUGGGUUCGAUUCCCACGGGGGGCCAGUAUGAAAAAAUAAAAUGUAUGCACUCUGGACAAGAGCGUCUGCUAAAUGAUUAAAAUGCAAUUGCGUUGACCCAGCCCCAGACAGGGCAGGCCUUAUGAGAAUUGGGGGACAGCUAGUGCUUGACUUGGACAGGAUCUCACCGGAGUUGAGUACCGGCACCUCAGAAUAUUUGUUAAGUAUUGUGGAGCUCCUCCACCUAAAUAUAAACAGUAUACCGGCACCCAAAUUGAGUACCGGCACAUAUUUCAUAUUGCUGAUAUCAUAUGCAAUGAUAAUAUUGCGUCAUAGAAUUGCACCAAUUGUAAAGCCUAAUGUCUCAUGUCCACCAGAUGCAUCAAACUCUUUGUGUUCCGGUGGAAGUCAUUCAUUGUCAAUGGAGCAGUCCGCAAUGCUACGUUGGGGGUUGCGUUGCUUUACGGUGCGGUGGUACAAACGGAAGUACACACAGAAUCCAACUAGGUGGCUUUUAGCUACUUGAAAAGCGAAGCAAGUGCUUCAAGUACUGAAAAUGCAGGGUAGACAUCUGGCAAAACAAAACGCAUAUGCAUCUGUCAUAAUACAGGCUACACAAGACUAGCCUGCACACAUGUCUGGGCAUCCCCUUAUGUACCCAUCAUCCCCUCAGACAGGAAAAGUCAAUCUCAGAGAUGGUGCUUGUCAGAGCAUUUCAAUUUUAGGAUUGAAAUAAAUUGCAAAUGAGUAGGUUUAAGAUAUGCAACAAAAUAUAUACAGUCAGGCCCCAAAUUAUUGGCUCCCUUAAAGAUGAGCAAAAAAUACUGUAUAAAAUAAAUAUUUCAAAUACUGAGUUAUAUUGUAUGUUCCAAAAAAUGGGAAAAUUCUAUUUUAUACUAAUAUAAUUGCUCAGAGAAAGAGAUUUUGUUUAACAAGCAAUACUUUUUUUCUAAAAAAGAUAGGGGUCAAAAUGAUUGGCACCCCUGUUUCCAAUACCUUUCAAUACCUCACCUUGCGAGGAUAAUGGCACUGAGCCUUUGUCUGAAAUGUUUUAUGAGAUUGGAGAACACAUUGGGAGGGAUCUUAGACCGUUCCUCCAUACACAAUCUUUCCGGAUACUUGAUAUCCUUCGUCUGCGCUUAUAGACUUGCCUCUUCAAUUCAAACCACAGGUUUUCAAUGGGGUUCAAGUCUGGAGACUGAGAUCGCCAUUGCAAAAUGUUGAUUUUGUGGUCAAUUACCCAUUUCUUUGUGGAUUUUGAUGUGUGCGUGGGGUUAUUGUCUUGCUGGAAGAUCCACUUGCGGACACGUUUCAGCACCCUAGCAGAGGCAACCAGGUUUUUGGCUAAAAUUACCUUAAGAAGGGCCCCAGGACCAGUGGAAGCAAAAUAGCCCCAUAUCAAAGAUCCACCACCAUAUUUUACAGUAGGUAUGGGGUUAUUUUCUGCUCAUGCAUCCUUCUACUGAAAAAUCAGAAUAAAACAAGUAUAUUAAUAUUUGUUUUUGUAUAAUAUUUUUUAGAAAAAAUGUGUAGUGCACUGGGCCUUUACUAGUCCUGUAUUAGCGGACCAAUAUAGCCGUCCGUAGCGCGGGUAAAAAAAAAUUCUGCAUCGCCCAAACUACUUCCCGCAGUUAUGUCCACAGUCAAUCCGCAGUCAAGUAUUCAUUAUCCAGGUAUUCAGUCCCUACAAUAUGUGUAGAAUAUGUGAUCUGUAAAAGGCAUAGAACAUUAUGACACAUGGCAGCCAUAAGAUUAGGUCAGCUGCUGACUGCUUGCCUAGAUGAAGUGGAAUGCUUUGUUUGAGAAAGGUGUAUGAAACUAGGGUAUUGCUGCCUAGCACAUAAAGCCAAUAUUUACUGAGUCGGGGCCCACCUCAAUGGUCCUAUUGACUGACUGAAGCCUUGCUCAUCACCAUAGUAAAGAAACAUAUUAUUUGCGUACUUUUGUAGUGGCAUUUCAGUGAGAGGGAAACUCUAAAAGGGCCAGUUUCCCGGACACAGAUUAGGCCUAGUUCUGGACUAAAAAGCACUGUAAUGGCAUUUCUCAAUUGAGCAUGCUUUUUAGUCCAGGGCCCGUGUUGAAAAGUGUCUGAGUAGGAAUGUUGAUCCAGGAUCAAACCCCCCCGUCCAUAUAAUCAUUAUGAUUUAAAAGGCAAAACUGAUCCUAUAUCAGCACUACUCUGAGACUUUUUGUGAAUAGAGGUCCAGGAGUAGGCUUAAAGCUGAUAUAGGGUGCUGGAAUAGGGUGCCAUUAGACACACUCCAGCUAUUUAACUUUUCAUGUUGAAAAACAAUAUCCCACUUACGUUGUUUUUUUGACGUGCGUUUGGUGCAAGUAACGUUUUGAGCGACCUGACUAAAUUCACAUAGAAAUGUGAGUUAUAGAUCUGUCAUUCUCAUUGAAAGCAAGUCUAAGAAGCUGUAGAUUUGUUCUAUGUGCACUAUUUCUAUGCUUCCCAUUCUUCAGUUUCAUUUUUGCAUCUUUUACUUUCGGUUUUGUACACCAGCUGAAAAUAAAAACAAUUGGUUAAUGAAAAUAUAUUUCACAGCGGUUUAGAUUGUACAAUGAUUCUCUACACUAUACUUGCUUGUUUUGUCACAUAAACAGAAAUUAGGGGACUAUUAGAAUUUGAGCAACCAGAAAAUGGCAGAGCGAUUUCUGCAUAGUGAAUCUUUAAAGGGAUACUUCGGGAUUUUGACAAUGAAGCCCUUUAUCUGCUUCCCCAGAGUCCGAUGAACACAUGGAAACCAUUUGUAUGUCUCUGCAUCCAGUAUGAAGGAAGUUAGAGGUAGGUUUGCAAGCCAAUGCUAACUAGCAUGCUAGCAGUUACCAAAGACUUCCAGUCAUUGUGCUAACGCUAGUUAGUGAUUGAGCUAACACUAGUUAGUAACUUAUUUCAAACUGCACGCAGAGACCUAUAAAUGGUAUCCACGAGUUCGUCUGACUCUGGGGAAGUAGAUAAAGGGCUUCAUUGCCAAAAUCCUGAAGUAUCCCUUUAACCUGAGUCCAGGAAACCAGCCCUAAUAAUGUACUACACUGGUGUUCCUCAGGUGCUGCCCAUGGUCAAGGUGCUGCGGCAUGGGGGACUUUCGGCCGCGGACAGUGUGGCUGGGCCACCCAGAGAAGAGGGAGCAGAGGUACCCCCGGAAUGUCAUUAACAACCAGAAGUACAACUUCUUCACCUUCCUCCCAGGGGUGAGUGUCAGGGACUCCGGGUCAACCAAGCAACCGUAAUUUGCUCCUCAUACACAACACAACAAGCCUGAAUUAGUUUAGUGGCAAAGUGGAGUAAGUACUUAGUGAGCAGUAGGGCUGACCCCAUAGAUUCAGAUAUAACAAAUAGUUGGUUGGUGGACUCUUAUUCUAAUCAAAUGAGCAGUCAUGUUAGCCUGUGUUGUGUAGCCUAUGUGCCUCUAGUUCACAGGAGGUUGGUGGAACCUUAAUUGGGGAGGACGGGCUUGUGGUAAUGGCUGGAGCGGAAUAAGUGUAAUGUUAUCAAACACAUGGUUUCUAUGUGUUUGAUGCCAUUCCAUUCGCUUAGUUCCAGACAUUAUGAUGAGCCGUCCUCCCCUCAGCAGCCUCUACUGCUCUAGUUGCUUAGUCUCUUUAUUGUUUUCUCAUUACAAGUGGAGCGAAACCACUGCAAAAAUACUAAGGAGCGUUUUUGUUUCACUUUCAGAUUUUCAGAGCCUAAUUUUCAUAUGAAUUAGCUUUUCAGACAUUUGCUAGUCUUAAAACAUUGUGCCUUUUUUGGAUAUGAGGUCGCGCAUUAAAAGUAGUCCAGAUUUGUUUGGAAUAACAAAAGCAAAGACCAGUCCUUUUUUGCAUUGCAAAUUAUGAUAAUAUCUAUUUACUUUAGAUGAUGUCAUGAAAUUUAUAGAUAUGGAGGUCAAAGUCUCAAAUAAACACAUUAUUGUUGUUGUAUGCUGUCACUUGUCAGUAGUUGAGGAAAUGUCUCACGGUAGCAUUGAGAGAACAUAAGCUUUCCCUUUGUACUAAUCUUGCACAUUGGUGGUAAUGAAAUUCAGCCAAGGUGUAGUGUGACUGUUAAAUCUAUACUUGACUGUGGGUGGCACUGAAAAAGUUAAUGUCCAUCUGUGUUAAGACAUACAUUAUAUAUACAAAACUAUGUGGACAGCCCUUAAAAUUAGUGGAUUCGGCUAUUUCAGCCACACCUGUUGCUGACAGGUGUAUAAUAUUGAGCACACAGCCAUGCAAUCUCCAUAUACAAACAUUGGCAGUAGAAUGGCCUUACUGAAGAGCUCAGUGACUUUCAAUGUGGCACCGUCAUAGGAUGCCACCUUUCCAACAAGUCAGUUCGUCAUAUCUCUGUAAGUGCUGUUAUUGUGAAGUGGAAACGUCUAGGAGCAACAACGGCUCAGCCGCGAAGUUGUAGGCCACACAAGCUCACAGAAUGGGACCACUGAGUGCUGUAGCGCGUACAAAUCGUCUCUCCUCGGUUGCAACACUCACUACCAAGUUCCAAACUGCCUCUGGAAGCAACGUCAGCACAAUAUGUGUUUGUCGGGAGCUUCAUGAAAUGGGUUUCCAUGGCCAAGCAGCCGCACACAAACCUAAGAUCACCAUGCGCAAUGCCAAGCCUCGGCUGGAGUGGUGUAAAGCUCACCGCCAUUGGACUCUGGAGCAGUGGAAACGUGUUCUCUGAAGUGAUGAAUCACGCUUCACCAUCUGGCAGUCCGACGGACCAAUCGGAGUUUGGCGGAUGCCUGGAGAAUGCUACCACCAAAUGUAAACUUUGGUGGAGGAGGAAUAAUGGUCUCUGGCUGUUUUUCAUGGUUCGGCUAGGCUCCUUAGUUCCAGUGAAGGGAAAUAUUAACGCUACAGCAUACAAUGACAUUGUAGAAGAUUCUGUGCUUCCAUCUUUGUGGCAACAGUUUGGGGAAGGCCAUUUCCUGUUUCAGCAUGACAAUGCCCCCCGUGCACAAAGCAAGGUCCAUACAGAAAUGGUUUGUCGAGAUCAGUGUGGAAGAACUUGACUGGCCUGCACAGAGCCCUGACCUCAACCCCAUCGAACACCUUUGGGAUGAAUUGGAACACCGACUGCGAGCCAGGCCUAAUCGCCCAACAUCAGUAUCUGACCUCACUAAUGCUCUUGUGGCUGAAUGAAAGCAAGUCCCCGCGGCAAUGUUCCAAUCUAGUGGAAAGCCUUCCAAGAAGAGUGGAGGCUGUUAUAGCAGCAAAGGGGGGACCAACUCCAUAUUAAUGCCCAUGAUUUUGCAAUGAGAUGUUCGACGAGCAGGUGUCCACAUACUUCUGGUCAUGUAGUGUAUCAUAUAGAAUGUAUUUGUGUGUGGAUAUGUAUGUGGAACCAUAUGGCAAGCAACAAAAUAACAAUCACACAAUUGCAAACUAUAAGCUUAUUUUAGUCUUCAGUUUUUGUGCCUAAUGAACAUGACCCUGAUUAACACAUCAUGCAUAUAUUUCUAGACUCCUAUAGUGUAAAGACACAUUGAUGAUUGGUUCUUGUGUUCAUGCGAAAUCAUAUUGUUCAUUUGUGUGUUUUCAGGUGCUGUUUAAUCAGUUCAAGUACUUCUUCAACUUCUACUUUCUGCUCCUGGCAUGCUCUCAGUUUGUCAAUGAGCUCAGGCUAGGUGCUCUGUACACCUACUGGGUUCCUUUGGUAAGCAGCGUUUUUUAAAUGUCAAGUCAUGUAGCAUUACGUUUUCACGUGAUCCACUACUCACUUGCUAAUAAUACAAUAUUGUUUAACUGGGUUUGUCUUAUUUUUGCUUUUCAGGGAUUUGUUUUGAUCAUAACCAUCAUGAGAGAAGCAGUUGAAGAGAUCCGAUGUUAUUGUCGAGACAAAGAAGUAAAUUCACAGAUAUAUAGCAAGCUCUCAACAAGAGGUAAGGAUUUGUUUUCAGUCAUUGCACACAAUAUGGAGACUGAACAAUAACAUAAAUACCAUCAACAAAACGUCCAAAGUAACCACUCAUACAAAUCAAAACCACCAAGUUUUCUGAUGCACCCAUUCAGAUUAAUGUAAAUGCCUAGUUGAAUUUGAAUAGUGGGUGUCUCCAGUUAACUGUAUGAAGGUUGGUCGUGUCCUGUUUAAACUGGGAGGGGAGUGAUGCCUAAUUCAAAGCAGAGAUGUAAAAGUGUACACGUAAGAGGGCUUGGAAUAAAGUGCUACCAGCAAUAAAAACCAAGAGACCUCUUGUGGUUUCCAUCACUUUUCCCCUUUGAUCUGGCAGCUUGUUUUACUCAUAAACACAAUUAAUGGUUGCUUCCAUGAUAGUGCCCCCAGUGACUUGCUGCAUGGGGUCUGGGGAAUGAGAGCCAAUGGCAUGAGAUGCCUGUAGAUUGUUGUUCUGCUCUGACUGAUCAAGUACUUUGUCAAAAGCAAAAACAAACUGUUGUUUACCCAGGAUUUUUGUUUCAUCCUGUAUAAUUGCAGUAUUCAUCAUUUAAAGUAGAUCAUUCUUAAUUUAUGUUUAGGAUUUUGAUUUCAGACUGAUUAUUACAGAAAUGUAUUGGGACGUUUUUUUAAAUAUUGAUAAGCUGCCCUCCAUCAGAUAUUUGUAAAUAGCAAGCUAGCCUACAGUUUAAUUAUCUUUGUGAAACAGAACAGUUUUUAGAGUCCCAUAAACCUAAAUGCAUAGCAAAAUUAAUGUCCUUUAAUGUCUUACAUAUGCAAAAACAUGAGGUCACAGCAAAGGUCAUGGGUCAGUGACCCCCUCCAAACUAUUUUUGCCUGUUCAUUCCAAAUGGAAUGGAAGAAAAGGCUCUCCCAACAUGCUUUCAGAUCUAGGCCUACAUGGAAAAUUACUUUCCCAAAAUUUAGCGGAAGGAAAUCUAUAACAGCAGUUGUCCACAUUUGCUAGGCAACCAGGAGGAGACAGUUGGACAUAAACAAUACAAUUUAAAGUAUUUCUGUAUGUAGGGCCAUGAGAAGAGAAGUAGGGAGUCUGAAGAGUAGGGUUUUAACUACUGUGUCUUUGAAUGACGUUAAUGAUACCAGGAUGUCUCACUACCAUAGAUCCUGUUUGAGCUAUGUGAACAUUUACAUGGACGUUUUAGAUUUUUACUUGUUUGGGUCAUUUUUCUCUAUUCCUCCCCUUCUAAGAGGAAUGGAAUGUCCAUAAAACAACGUACAGUGAGGGAAAAAAGUAUUUGAUCCCCUGCUGAUUUUGUAAGUUUGCCCACUGACAAAUAAAUAAUCAGUCUAUAAUUUUAAUGGUAGGUUUAUUUGUACAGUGAGAGACAACAACAAAAAAAUCCAGAAAACCGCAUGUCAAAAAUGUUAUAAAUUGAUUUGCAUUUUAAUGAGGGAAAUAAGUAUUUGACCCCCUCUCAAUCAGAAAGAUUUAUGGCUCCCAGGUGUCUUUGAUACAGGUAACGAGCUGAGAUUAGGAGCACACUCUUUAAGGGAGUGCUCCUAAUCUCAGUUGUUUUUAGCAGACACUCUUAUCCAGAGCGACUUACAGUUAGUGAGUGCAUACAUUAUUUUUUAAUUUUUCAUACUGGCCCCCCGUGGGAAUCGAACCCACAACCCUGGCGUUGCAAACGCCAUGCUCUAUCAACUGAGCUACAUCCCUGUAUAAAAGACACCUGUCCACAGAAGCAAUCGAUCAAUCAGAUUCCAAACUCUCCACCAUGGCCAAGACCAAAGAGCUCUCCAAGGAUGUCAGAGACAAGAUUGUAGACCUACACAAGGCUGGAAUGGGCUACAAGACCAUCGCCAAGCAGCUUGGUGAGAAGGUGACAAUGGAAGAAACACAAAAGAACUGUCAAUCUCCCUCGGCCUGGGACUCCAUGCAAGAUCUCACCUCGUGGAGUUGCAAUGAUCAUGAGAACGGUGAGGAAUCAGCCCAGAACUACACGGGAGGAUCUUGUCAAUGAUCUCAAGGCAGCUGGGACCAUAGUCACCAAGCAAACAAUUGGUAACGCACUACGCCGUGAAGGACUGAAAUCCUGCAGCGCCCGCAAGAUCCCCCUGCUCAAAAAAGCACAUAUACAUGCCCGUCUGAAGUUUGCCAAUGAACAUCUGAAUGAUUCAGAGGAGAACUGGGUGAAAGUGUUGUGGUCAGAUGAGACCAAAAUGGAGCUCUUUGGCAGCAACUCAACUCGCCGUGUUUGGAGGAGGAGGAAUGCUGCCUAUGACCCCAAGAACACCAUCCCCACCGUCAAACAUGGAGGUGGAAACAUUAUGCUUUGGGGGUGUUUUUCUGCUAAGGGGACAGGACAACUUCACCGCAUCAAAGGGACGAUGGACGGGGCCAUGUACCGUCAAGUCUUGGGUGAGAACCUCCUUCCCUCAGCCAGGGCAUUGAAAAUGGGUCGUGGAUGGGUAUUCCAGCAUGACAAUGACCCAAAACACACGGCCAAGGCAACAAAGGAGUGGCUCAAGAAGAAGCACAUUAAGGUCCUGGAGUGGCCUAGCCAGUCUCCAGACCUUAAUCCCAUAGAAAAUCUGUGGAGGGAGCUGAAGGUUCGAGUUGCCAAACAUCAUCCUUGAAACCUUAAUGACUUGGAGAAGAUCUGCAAAGAGGAGUGGAACAAAAUCCCUCCUGAGAUGUGUGCAAACCUGGUGGCCAACUACAAGAAACGUCUGACCUCUGUGAUUGCCAACAAGGGUUUUGCCACCAAAUACUAAGUCAUGUUUUGCAGAGGGGUCAAAUACUUAUUUCCCUCAUUAAAAUGCAAAUCAAUUUAUAACAUUUUUGACAUGCGUUUUUCUGGAUUUUUUUGUUGUUAUUCUGUGUCUCCUGUUCAAAUAAACCUACCAUUAAAAUUAUAGACUGAUAAUUGAUUUGUCAGUGGGCAAACUUACAAAAUCAGCAGGGGAUCAAAUACUUUUUUCCCUCACUGUAUACACAUAUCUGUUCAUCCUUUGUUUGGUCUAUACGAUUAUGAUUAUCAAAAUGAAUUUGGGCACCUCAACUCAACAUUCUGCAAUCUAAAAAUACUUAUUGAAUAUUAAUUUUACAUUUGUUUUUAUUUCAGGCACUGUGAAGGUGAAAAGCAGUGGCAUUCAAGUUGGAGACCUUAUAAUCGUGGACAAGGUUUGUAUCACUUCAUAGAUUUCGCCUCAACUGCAUCAAUGAAUUAGGCCUACUACUUACCGUCAAGUUGCUAUUUAUAUGACAAAGACUAAUGACGGCCUGUUAAUCUGCUGCGCUAGACUGGUGACUUGAGGUGAAAGGAGUUAGUAAAGAUUUUGUAAUCUUGUGAUCAAUGCUGCUGAGCUUGAGUAUGUCAAACUCAAUGCAGAUGUAACUGACGCAAACUUGAAAUGCUCUUAAUUGGAUCAGAAAACCCCAAAUUAUGUGACAUUUUGAUUAUUGAUGCCAUUGACAAAAAAAAUGUAGGCUAAACUUGUAGGAUAUAGACAACCCAUAAAAUACCAAUAAAGUCUUAUCAGAUAGUUGCACUUAAAAAUACAUUAAGUUAAUUUGGCAUAUCCAUGUAGGAAAGUUAAAACAAAGCAAUCAAUUGGGAUACUAUUGAUGCCAUUUGUGAGGCUAAUUUGAAUGUCACAACACUGGUAACAUUAUGCUGUUGCUGUUAAAAGUAUGUUAAGUAAUUCUAACAGACUUCCCAAUCUGUUUGGCCAGUUGCCUCAUCAUCUUUUUUGCUGGCUAUUGUAGAAAGAGUAGAUUCUGGGAGUCUUUGUACAUGAAAUAUGAGACGGGAGUCCUCAGCUACCAACUGGCCACUUCUUUCUGAAAGGUUCAGUUAAACACAGCUGAAGGACAGGUCAUGUUCUCUAUACAUUUGAUAUAUUUUAUCCAUGACUGAGAGACAUUCAAAGUAAAUCAAACUCUGAAUUGUUGUUAUGAUCUUCAGAUAUGAAAUUUGUUAAAAUAUCAAAAUAUAUAACAUUCCAAAUUUGUACCGCCGCAUGGAUCUGAAGUGCCACAGUAAAUCUUUAUUAAACCCAUCGACCACUUAAAAUAAUCCAUGUCCAGCUCAAUGUUUUGAAGUCUGUCAACUUAAAUAGCAUUGAGAAUUAAUCUUCCAAUAACUCUUACCAGGACUCAGUCACAGUGAAGUCUAGGUCAAACAGAGGGUAAAGCACGGUCAGGCUCCCAGUUAGGGUAAGUAAGGCUGGAUGAUUUGCUGCAGGGCUUAUUAUUAUGACUAGCUGAAUGCAGGUAAUGUACAUUAAAGGCAAAAGUCUGAACGUCUACAGUUAGAGAAGGAGGAGGAGGGGGGUUAUAACAGGAUGCAAGUUGAAGUCAUGUUUUUCUUCUCUGUCUUUUCUUUGUAGAACCAGCGAGUUCCUGCUGACAUGAUCUUCUUAAGGACCUCUGAAAGAAACGGUAAACAUCUGCUGGUCAUUCAUCCAAAUCUCCAAAACAAGAUAGUUGGGGAAAUGGCAUGUUUAAAACGGGUGGUGAGGUGAAGGGAUUAGUCUAGAACUAGUUUUUUUUUUUUUUUGGGGGGGGGGGGGGGGGGGGGGGGGGGGGGUUGCUUCCUUUUUGUUUCCAUUUAAGUUGAAUGGUGAUGACGGGGUGUGGUAGAAGAAGCAUGGGCCAUUUAUUUUCCCUAAGAUCUCGAUUGACCAUUUUUGUCUUUCAAAUUACAAGUUGCAUCCUAAGGAAAAUCACCAAGAUAUGCAAAGUGUAGAAUAGAAAGAACAUAUCAAAUGCAAAGAGAAGAUGGGGGAAUCAAGGUACAAAGAUGGAGCCUAAUCUGAAUAAACAAAUGUGGAAUUGAAUGAGAUUUGGAAGAGUGAUGACAGAAACACAAUGAAUUGCUCCCAUGCAAAACAAUGCUGUCUCCGACAGGCUUAUUGUCUUGUACACAACAAAUACAGCACCGCCCCCUCGAUAACUAGCAGCGGUUGGGAUCCAUUGAAAAUGUGCAGUAAAACACCAUAACCUUACACUUUUAUCAUUUUGAUUUGGAGUAACACAAACUAAAUGAAGCAUACUUGGUUGUGCUUUUCGAUGAAAAAAACACAUUUCUUUUACUGGAAAGAGUGGUUGGUUGGUUAUCUCUAUAACACAUGGAGGCCAUUAUGUCAAUUAUGAAGGGCCUAGCUAUGCUCAGUGUUCUCAGCUACAGACAGGCAGGCAGGAUGACGCAGGGCGGGCUGAGGUUUGGGGGCUGGGUUACUGGAGGCUGUGGGGGAUGAGGGCUGGGUCGGCAUGGAUGCCUCUACUUGUUGAUCCCCAGAGUAAUGUGCAGUUGGGCACAAUUCAUAUAUGAACACUAUUUUGUAAUAAGAUGACCUUUGUCAUUCGGUAAGAUAUGUUUAUGUUGAAAGAUAGAGGGAACAAAGGAUGCACCAAAUAAAAUAAGGCCAGAAGUUGAAGCAAGUUACAAAAUUGAUAGGGUAAGACAUAUUUACGUUUUUAUUUUAGAUAUACAGAAAUAAGUUAUUGGUACCAUAGAGACCCUAAAACUCUGAAUGCUUCUGCGGUCUCUAAAGCUUAUACAGUAGAGCCCCCUGGAGGUGUUUGUGACUCCAUUCUAGAUCAUCAGUUCUUCUCCUCCCUUAUCCCAGGCUCCUGCUUCCUGCGUACUGACCAGCUGGAUGGAGAGACGGACUGGAAACUACGCCUCCCAGUGGCCUGUACUCAGAGACUGCCCACUGCUGCUGUGAGUCACCAGACCAAAUGGCUGCUCUGCUAUAUCUGUAGUAGAGUGCAAAGUUGGCACUGCACUGACUACAGACAUUUUUAGUAAAGUAAUGCCACAUCUCAUGUUUUUUGGGGAUGUUCUUAGAAUUGUUAUCGGUUAUCAAGUGACCAUGUUGUGAUUGCUCCUCCAGGACCUUCUCCAGAUCAGAUCCUAUGUGUAUGCAGAGGAACCAAACAUUGACAUCCACAACUUUAUUGGCACUUUCACCAGGGUGAGUGUUUACCCGGACAAUUCUAUUUGACUUUUCUUGAAUAAGACCUGCUAAAUACUCACAUAAAGAUAAUUGCCACUAUAUCUAGUCAACUUUGAAGAAAGACUGCCUUCUGUUUUCGUAGAGUAAUGCCCCUUACUCUGUUUUUUGUGUCCUAUGUGCUGUGCUUUAGGAGGAUGGAGACCCUCCAGUCAACGAGAGUCUCAGUAUUGAGAAUACCCUGUGGGCCAGCACUGUCAUCGCCUCUGGUAAAUACCAACUCGCCCAGUAGUGUGCUCUGUCUCUCCACUGAAGCAGCUAAUAACAUGGAAGUAACUAGUACCAGCCCGCCCUCCAUCUCUCUCUCCCUCCCUCCAUCCCUAGAGCUGUGAUGAGGCAUUGCUUCCUCCACACUUGAUGUACUGAUGAUUUGUCCUCCUACACACACACACACACACCGGUGCAAUCAAACAUUUGGUCAUUUAGAAACAGUUCAGGGGCAGUUAACCAUAAGAGACAACGUUUUCCUAAAGGAAAAAAACACUACAUAGAGAUUCCAGAGUCUAACCUAUAUAACAAAUGGUAGUCAUUUGGCAAAUUGGCAGUCUGUCUCACGUAUUCCUACUGUCGUUAUAUAUUUCAAAAUAUGCUUGCUGCUAUAUGCUAUAUUACAUGUUAUGGUUUAUGAUUCCAGACUUAAAAGUCUCAGCCAAUUACUAUAAUGUUCUUUCUCUGUAGGCACUGUGGUGGGAGUAGUUAUCUACACAGGCAAGGAGCUCCGGAGUGUGAUGAACACCUCAAACCCAAGGCACAAGGUAUAUUAGUGUUAGCCACAGUAAAACACCCUGCACGUGGUCCUCUGUAGCUCAGCAGGUAGAGCACGGCGCGUGUAACGCCAAGGUAGUGGGUUCGAUCCCCGGGACCACCCAUACACAAAAUAAAUGUAUGCACGCAUGACUGUAAGUCGCUUUGGAUAAAAGCGUCUGCUAAAUGGCAUAUUAUUAUUAUUAUUAUUAUUAUUAUUAUUAUGGCGUUUUCCUUUAGUAGAUAAAGACAUGUACAUUAUCUGUAGGGUUAAUAGGUUAUCAUUUAAUCAUGUAAUUUCUUAGUAAAUACCCUAGUAAAUGCUGUACCAUAAAAUAAAGUGCUACCAAUAUUAGUAUAAUUUCUGUCAAUUUAUUUUCUGUAAUAUAGUAUUGAGACUGUUCUGAGAGUGUUUCAAAAAAGUUGUACUGCCUGAUGAUGUUCUCCUUGUGGUUCUUCUAGGUUGGCCUCUUUGACCUGGAAGUGAACUGUUUGACCAAGAUCCUGUUUGGGGCUCUGGUGGUGGUGUCUCUGGUCAUGGUGGCCCUCCAACACUUUGCCGGCCGUUGGUAUCUGCAGAUCUUCCGCUUCCUACUGCUUUUCUCUAACAUCGUCCCCAUCAGGUAGGAGUUUUAACUCACUUUCUAUCUAAUUUAAAUUAGAUAAUUUUAAAGCAAUUAAUAAGGUAAUAUGUAACCAUGUUGUUACACUUGUAAUAACUGAGCACAGUAAGUGUUACCAAAAGGUGGUAUUUUCAAUUGGGGUUUAUGUACAUCAACAUCUAUCCUUGCUUAUUUGUUUCUACAUAUGCUUAUGAAUAUGUUUGAUGGACAACCUAAAACCAUUGAUAUCCAAAAUAUGUAACUGGGAGUCUUGUUUUAAAUAAAUAAAAUGUGAACCUUGUGUCCAGCUUGCGUGUGAACCUGGACAUGGGCAAGAUGUGUUCAGCUGGAUGAUCAGAAGAGACUCUAAGAUCCCAGGUACUGUGGUCAGGGCCAGCACUAUACCUGAACAACUGGGACGUAUCUCCUACCUGCUCACUGACAAAACAGGUGAGUCUGCUACUUUUGUGGUUUAUAGACAUACAUAUGUAAUUACGGCCCGCCGGACUAUCAUGGCUAUGUGGCUGUGGACUCUGUAUUGAUCUUAUGAGGUGAGAGUGCUUCCAUAAACUGUCAGUUUAGUCAAUGAGUACGUUUACAUGCACACUAAUAAUUCGAUAUUAAACUGAUUAUGGCAGAAGGCAGAGUAUGGCAUUAGUCAUGUAAACAUCUUAUUCUGCUUAUCUUAAUCGGCAUAAGGUCAUAAUCGAAGUAAGCAUACGCGGAUUAAAGCACCUGGUUUUCUGAGAAGUCUUUCAAAUUAUUAGGGCAUGUAAACGGCUUAAUCGCGUUCCAGCUGUGUAUUUGAUCUGCGCAUGUGCCAGCACUGGUAGCGCAAGCCUCCAUCUUAUGCGCGAGUGAAGAGAGUUCGGAAAAACAGAAAAGUAUGCAUACAUUUAUACAUUUACAUUUACAUCAUUUAGCAGACGCUCUUAUCCAGAGCGACUUGCAGUUAGUGAGUGCAUACAUUAUUUUUUAAUUUUCAUACUGGCCCCCCGUGGGAAUCAAACCCACAACCCUGGCGUUGCAAACGCCAUGCUCUACCAACUGAGCUACAUCCCUGCCGGGCAUUCCCUCCCCUACCCUGGACGACGCUGGGCCAAUUGUGCGCCGCCCCAUGGGUCUCCCGGUCGCGGCCGGCUACGACAGAGCCUGGAUUCGAACCAGGAUCUCUAGUGGCACAGCUAGCACUGCGCCACUCGGGAGGUGAUGCAUCUUAGAAAUAGUUUUCACAUACAAACUUUAUAUGUUCAAACUCAGAAUCAAAUAGUCUUCGCCAGGGUUGGUGAGUAAUGGAUUACAUGUAACGGAUUACAGUACAUCUGUAACUGUAAUCCGUUACGUUACAUGCAAAAAUAUUGUAAACAGAUUACAGAUACUUUUGAAAAACGAGAUACUUUGACAUUCAGAAAGGAUGUUUGCACAAUUUUUUUUGGACACCUUUCUGUUUUCUCAAUGAUGUUCAAAUCAGCAUUAAAAAAAGGCACAAGUUUAAGUUUGUUGUGCCUUUGUUGAGUCAGAGACCACUGAUGGCACACCAAAUGUGUUUGAUGGAUCGUGGGAAAAGAGCAGGAAUAGGCUUUUGUAGGCUACAGUCCAACCUAUGUCUUCCAAUGGUGCGACUGCUGUUGGCAUCCAAAGAUUAUCGAACUUGAUUAAACGCUUGGAGGUAAGGACGACAGCAGUGGUGUAGCCUACGGGUGACACGGAUAUCACUUAAGCCUAUUAUAGGCUACAUAGCGCAUUAAUGUGAAUCACACUGCUGCUCUCUCAUUUAGCUAUUUGCGCCUUACGGAUUGUGGUUGUUGUGGAUGGCUGUUCACAAAUGUAUAUGUGUAUUCUAACCCAAUAAUGGUUGAAUUGUAGAAGUUUAAGCUGCCUAUUAAUGAUUGUUUUUGAGACCAGAGGUGUAUUCAUUACGGAAACCGUUUACCGUUUAAGAACCAAGCGGAAGCAAACAGAGCAAAACAAGACUUUCUAUUUGACAAAUUCUGGUAGGUCCCUCCCCGUUUCGUUCCAUUUGCUUCCGUUUAAGAAACAUUUUGCAACAGAAUCGGUGUAGUGAAUAAGGGGGGACCUACCAGAAUUUGUCCAAUAGAAACUCUGAUUAUAAUUGUUUUACCAUAGGCCGAACAGACACAUGCUCAACUCGUGCACUUUUCGUAGACAAACAGCUGCAAAUUAUCCAGAUAUCAAAGUGUCACCAACAAAAACUUAAACAAUAGGCCUAUAGCAAAUGCAGCAUAUGGAAUACAUUUUUAAAAUGCAAAUAGCACUUUUUGGUAGUGCUCAAAGCAUGCCAUUCCGAGAGCAGCAUUUAUUUUUCAACUCGAAGCAAGGUUGAUGUUUAUUGGUCCUUGAGGCAGAACUGAGUGAUUUCCGCUAGAUGGGCCAGCUUCAAAGUCAAAAUGCGCUAUAUUGUAAAAAUGUAUGAAAACAAAAAUGUAUUUUUUGGUCUUUAUUUAAUGUUCGGGUUAGGCAUUAGGGUUAGCAGUGUGUUUAAGGUUAGGUUUAAAAUCAGAUUUAAUGACUUUGUGGCUGUGCCAGCUACUAACCUAAAAGUAACUGAAAGUAAUCAGAUUACAUUACUGAGUUUGGGAAAUGCAAAAGUUAUGUUACUGAUUACAAUUUUGGACGGGCAACUAGUAACUGUAAGGAAUAACAUUUAGAACCUAAACCUACCCAACCCUGGUCUUCGCAAAAAUAACAUGGUCACUGUGGUAGAACGUGUAUUUUUAUUGCCGAUUUUCUGCAUUUAUCAAAAGGCCCAUCAGUAGCCUGAUUUCAGAUGUGUCCAUGUAAACAGGAUUAUUAGGGAAAUCGUUCUUCUUGCAAAGCAUGUAAACGUUUUAAACAAACUAUUAUAUGAAUCUGACUAUCCACAAUAAUCAUAUUAUUGUGUGCAUGUAACUGUCCUCAAUAUCACAUCAGACGUAACUGUGGUAUAAAACAUGAGUGUAGUAUUUAAUGUUUGCAUAAAACAACUUAAUGUUGUAGUGCACAGGAAGAGUAUAGUGGCUACAUAAUGAGAAUGCCAAAUGUAUGUAUCUUGCUUUAGUGGUCAGAAGAGGAAAUUGACCCAACAUCUUAGUCUGUUGUAUGUGAGAUGAUAGUGUUGAAGAUGUGCUAAGGUUGUGUCCAGUAUGACAUUGCUAGGGCUGACCCGUCCCUAGGGCUUUGGGCUGUGUGCGACUCUCAGAGACAUGCUAAUUAUUGUAGCUUUAAAUCAAAACGGGCCUGAAGUCUCCUGUCUCUACACACUCCUUACAGCUAAAAUACACUUUCACGCAUGCAUGCACACACGCACACACACACCCUCAGGAACUGGCCUGUACCCCUCUUCAAUUUACGACCCUGACCGCCAAUAAAAUUAUACUGGAUUUUCCCACAUAGUGAUCAGGGCGAUAGGGGUCAAAGGUCAGUCUAAUGUAUGUGCUGUAGGGGCCUCUCCGGUCAUCCUGAAAUACUACCUACAGAGAGAGGGGCUUUUAAAGUGAGUGUCAGGACAGCCAGGACACUGAAAGCAUGGAAAUGGUGUCAGGAGCAGCGACUUAGUAAACUGUUUAAAAAUCAAAGUUUAAAUUAUUAUAAUCAUUUUAACACCAACACUAUCAUGUGGCUUCCAGCACUUCUGACACCAAUGAGUAUAACCCCACUUUCAGUAGAAAUGUUACAAAUAGAAUACAUUGUGGUUGUGUGUUUGAUUCAGGGACUCUCACCCAGAAUGAGAUGGUGUUCCGUCGCCUCCAUCUUGGAACGGUGGCCUAUGGAAUGGACUCCAUGGAUGAGGUGCAGAGCCACGUGUUCAGUGCUUACACACAGGUAAACAAUAACCAACACCACCAACCAUAUAGAGUAAGGCUGUCCCCGACAACAACAAAAAAACUUGCUCGUCCGAAAGUCGUCUGUUCUUUCGACCAAAUUUUUUAACAUGUAUUUUUCCAUAUAUAGACACACCCUAUGUGUUUUAAUAAAAUCAACUAUAUGCAUUGAGCUUGUCUGAUGCUUUAAGCUUACUGUUUGAUGAAGUAAGACGCAAAUGACUCGAGGGAGCCAGAGAUCUAGAGGAAGAAAAAAAACCUUAACCUGACCCAACCAUUUUCCUCCUGCUCCUGCUGGUUUUCGCAGAUUCGGCCAUUACUCUCCUGAAGUUGGCGGUAAUAGGCUACACAAGGAGUUGGCAACCUUUCUCAUGUAAAAUGCCAAUUUAUCUUACCAUUUCUUCCGAUCAUAUGCAAAUUUUCGUGGAACAGUUUCAUUUCAUUUAUAAUAACGUCUUCAUAUUUGAAAAUCAUUGUCAUGUGGUUAAUCAAAAUUCUAUUCAAAUCUAAAUGAAAAUGAUACAAACCUAAAAAGUAACUUCUAUUGCCUUUGCCAACUAUGUAAAAACACUACAUAAUGCCAACAGAUAAAAACAUUGCAGCCUGUAGGUAGAAAAUAUCCUGAAAAAAAAAUACAAUCCUAUAAAUCACAUUGGCUACGCAUGGCCUCUCUGCAAAAAACUUGAACAUUUUUAUCAACGAUUAACUUGGGUCCAGCCCGAAGCUUGCUCUAGCGACAUUGUAUUAAAUAUUCUGGGCCCUCAGAGUUUCCUGUGCCAGUGAGCUCGUGACACAGCUGUAGGCUAUUUGCGCAAGGGAUAAGAAGCAGUGCUUGACGUGGGAAGGAGUUCACCGGAGCUGAGUACCGGCACCUCAAAUUAUCUACUGCUUGAGCUCCUGUUCCUCUUAUAGAAUAUUAGUUCAAACGUAUUGUGGAGCUCCUGCACCUAAAUGUAAACAGAACCAGCACCCAAAAUGAGUACCAGAACCUAUUUCAGUCCAAGUCAAGCACUGAUAAGAAGUAAUAAGGUAGGCCUAUUUUAUUACGUUUCCACUGGAUCAGAGUAUGACAUGUUUCCCUUUCAUGCUGAGUGGUUAUCGAAAGUGAGAGAGCUGGAAAGAUUUUUCAAAUAGCCUACAUUGAGGAACUAUUGUCAUUCUCAGUGGAUGUAAAAACAGACUUUAUUUGCUUGCUUUUUGAGGUGAAGAAAACAUUACUUUGAGAAGCUCCACAGCUCAUUAGUGGUGGCAGAAGUAAGGGCAUUCAUACUUCUUGCGCUUCGCGGAGCAGUGCAGAGCUGUUGUAAAGGAAGUUGUCAAGGAAGUGAGUUUGUGUUUAUACAGGAUGUACCGCCCCCACCUACCGUCAACCAAUUAUGUCAAUGCGGAGCUAUACAGAGCCCUCCACAUUGCGGUACGGAGCUCGAUAUGGCCUCUGCAUGCCUCUAGAGGCUCCGGAAUUGCGGCACACCAUCCAUAUGGAGCCUCCAAUGUGGUCAGAUCAAGCAUAAUUUGGCUUUUAGUCUCUGCAAUAGAUUAGUUCACUGAGAUGGGUGCAAAUAUAUUUAUAUUUGCUACUGCUCGACUAAAAUAAUCUUGGUCGACCAACAGCCUAUCGACCAAACAAUCGACCAGUCGAAUAAUUGGGGUCAGCACUAAUAUAGAGAUAGUUGUGGCACACAUAGAAUGUAAUUGACAGAAACGGCAAUGGCCAAACUCUCUAUGUAGACCUAUGGCUCUGCAUCAGUCCAUAUGGGCUGUGUGUAACGAAUGGAUCACUAAUCGGUAGGACAGUCGAUGCUUGAAAUUCUGUGUCAAAACAAGUAACAAAAACCCUUGUCUUAGGGGCAUAUUGUUUUAGCAACAUAUCAUUUAUAUGAUUAUUGUUUGGCUGAAUGCUUCCCGACCAAUAAUGACAGUUUUUGUCCCUUUGACACCAGAGGUUAGUGGAGCAGGAAACCGGAUUAGCCACUAGCCCCAGAGCCCACUAACAGUGACCGGCCCUAGUUUAAUGGCGCCACCAUUAACCCCUGUGGAAACAUGACGCCUGGCCUAAAAAUAACCGCAGCAAGAUACUAAUGCUGAUUGUUCAUACUGUCACACCCUGGCUCUGGGGACUCUAUAUGUUGAGCCAGGGUGUGUAGUUUCUAUGUGUUUGUGUUCUGUGUUGUAGUUCUAGUUGUUUCAUUUCUAUGUUGGCCAGUGUGGUUCUCAAUCAGACGCAACGAGUGUCAGCUGGUGCUGGUUGUCUCUGAUUGGGAACCACAUUUAAACAGGCUGUUUUCCCACAGUUGUUGUGGGAUCUUGUUCCUUUUGGUUUGUUCCGUGUUGGUUGUAUUAGACCUAGGACGUCACGUUAUCGUUUAUUUGUUUUGUUCGUGUUAUCACUUUUGAUAAUAAAGUAUGUUCGCUCAUCACGCUGCGCCUUGGUCCAUUCCGUUCAACGAUCGUGACAGAAGAUCCCACCAUACCAGGACCAAGCAGCGUGUCCAGGAGCAGGCGGCCUGGACAUGGGAGGAAGCGCCGGGAAAGGAGCUGGAGAGGUUGGCGAUGGCCCAGGUGGGCCAAUUGUGGUCCUGGGAGGACAUGCUCGGGGGAAAAGGGCCAUGGGCUAAGGUUAAGGCCCUGGCGAGAGAGGACGAGAGGCAACCCCAGAAAAUUUUUAGGGGGGGGGCACACGGCAUGGGCGAAUGGGCAGCAGGAGACUGCCACAGGGCGAGAUGGGAGAUUAGGAGAGGAGGCCACCGGGUUUGGGGGGCCAGAAGGCAGGUUGGCGGAGCCUGGAUGGAGAGCAGAGCCAACUCCCCGUACUCAGGCAUGGCAGCAUGAGACUGGGCAGGUUCCGGGGUAUGCGGAGCUGCGUACUGUGCCACGAGUGGUCCGGCAUAGUCCGGUACGUCCUGUGCGAUCACCCCGCACGUGUCGUGCGAAGGUGGGCAUGCAGCCAGGACGGAGUGUGCCGGCUCAGCGCUCGUGGUCUCCAGUGCCUCUCCUCGGUCCCGGAUAUCCUGCGCCAGUGUCACGUGCUGUUAUGCCAGUACGGGUACACAGCCCUGUACGUCCUGUGCUGAUGACUCACACAGAGUGUGUGAAGGUAGGCAUUCAGCCAGGACGGGUUGUGGCAGCUCUUCACUCCAGGCCUCCUAUCCGUCUCCACAGCCCGGCCCGGCCCGGCCUGUUCCUGCUCCUCGCACCAAGCCUCCGGUGCGCAUCGCCAGCCCAGCCCGGCCUGUUCCUGCCACUCGCACCAAGCCUACGGUGCGCGUCGCCAGCCCGGCCCGGCCUGUUCCUGCCACUCGCACCAAGCCUACGGUGCGCGUCGCCAGCCCGGCCCGGCCUGUUCCUGCCACUCGCACCAAGCCUACGGUGCGCGUCGCCAGCCCGGCCCGGCCUGUUCCUGCCACUCGCACCAAGCCUACGGUGCGCGUCGCCAGCCCGGCCCGGCCUGUUCCUGCCACUCGCACCAAGCCUACGGUGCGCGUCGCCAGCCCGGCCCGGCCUGUUCCUGCCACUCGCACCAAGCCUACGGUGCGCGUCGCCAGCCCGGCCCGGUCUGUUCCUGCCACUCGCACCAAGCCAGGGGUGCGAGUCGUCAGCCCGGUAAGGCCCGUUCCUGCUCCACGCACCAAGCCAGGGGUGCGCAUCGUCAGCCCGGUACGGCCCGUUCCGGCUCCACGCACCAAGCCAGGGGUGCGCGUCGUCAGCCCGGUCCGGCCCGUUCCUGCUCCACGCACCAAGCCAGGGGUGCGCGUCGUCAGCCCGGUCCGGCCCGUUCCUGCUCCACGCACCAAGCCAGGGGUGCGCGUCGUCAGCCCGGUCCGGCCCGUUGCUGCUCCACGCACCAAGCCAGGGGUGCGCGUCGUCAGCCCGGUCCGGCCCGUUGCUGCUCCACGCACCAAGCCAGGGGUGCGCGUCGUCAGCCCGGUCCGGCCCGUUGCUGCUCCACGCACCAAGCCAGGGGUGCGCGUCGUCAGCCCGGUCCGGCCCGUUCCUGCUCCACGCACCAAGCCAGGGGUGCGCGUCGUCAGCCCGGUCCGGCCCGUUCCUGCUCCACGCACCAAGCCAGGGGUGCGAGUCGUCAGCCCGGCACAACCCAUGCCUGGGUCACCGGUGCCUGGUCAGGUACCGGUCAGCUGCUCCACACCGGAGCUUAAGCAAUCCGCUCCUACGAUGUCCAGUCCAGCUCCAGCCAGCGGGGCCAGACCGGACCAGGGGCGCUACGGGGGGAUUAUUGGAGGGUGGUGGGCAAGCCCGGAGCCGGAACCGCCUCCGAGGAGGAAUGACCACCCAGCCCUCCCCUGUUUGGUUUAUGUUGAGGCGCGGUCGCAGUCCGCGCCUUUGGGGGGGGGUACUGUCACACCCUGGCUCUGGGGACUCUAUAUGUUGAGCCAGGGUGUGUAGUUUCUAUGUGUUUGUGUUCUGUGUUGUAGUUCUAGUUGUUUCAUUUCUAUGUUGGCCAGUGUGGUUCUCAAUCAGAGGCAACGAGUGUCAGCUGGUGCUGGUUGCCUCUGAUUGGGAACCACAUUUAAACAGGCUGUUUUCCCACAGUUGUUGUGGGAUCUUGUUCCUUUUGGUUUGUUCCGUGUUGGUUGUAUUAGACCUAGGACGUCACGUUAUCGUUUAUUUGUUUUGUUCAUGUUAUCACUUUUGAUAAUAAAGUAUGUUCGCUCAUCACGCUGCGCCUUGGUCCAUUCCAUUCAACGAUCGUGACACAUACAGUUGAAGUCGGAACUUUACAUACACUUAGGUUGGAGUCAUUAAAACUCGUUUUUCAACCACUCCACAAAUUUCUUGUUAACAAACUAUAGUUUUGGCAAGUCGGUUAGGACAUCUACUUUGUGCAUGACACAAGCGAUUUUUCCAACAAUUGUUUACAGACAGAUUAUUUAACUUAUAAUUCACUGUAUCACAAUUCCAGUGGGUCAGAAGUUUACAUACACUAAGUUGACUGUGCCUUUAAACAGCUUGGAAAAUUCCAGAAAAUGAUGUCAUGGCUUUAGAAGCUUCUGAUUGACAUCAUUUGAGUCAAUUGGAGGUGUACCUGUGGAUGUAUUUCAAGGCCUACCUUCAAACUCAGUGCCUCUUUGCUUGACAUCAUGGGGAAAAUCUAAAGAAAUCAGCCAAGACCUCAGAAAAUAAAUUGUAGACAUCCACAAGUCUGGUUCAUCCUUGGGAGCAAUUUCCAAAUGCCUGAAGGUACCACGUUCAUCUGUACAAACAAUAGUACACAAGUUUAAACACCAUGGGACCACGCAGCCGUCAUACCGCUCAGGAAGGAGAUGCGUUCUGUCUCCUAGAGAUUAACGUACUUUGGUGCGAAAAGUGCAAAUCAAUCCCAGAACAACAGCAAAGGACCUUGUGAAGAUGCUGGAGGAAACGGGUACAAAAGUAUCCAUAUCCACAGUAAAACGAGUCCUAUAUCGACAUAACCUGAAAGGCCGCUCAGCAAGGAAGAAGCCACUGCUCAAAAACCGCCAUAAAAAAGCCAGACUACGGUUUGCAACUGCACAUGGGGACAAAGAUCGUACUUUUUGGAGAAAUGUCCUCUGGUCUGAUGAAACAAAAAUAGAACUGUUUGUCCAUAAUGACCAUCGUUAUGUUUGGAGGAAAAAGGGGUAUGCUUGCAAGCCGAAGAACACCAUCCCAACCGUGGAACACGGGGGUGGCAGCAUCAUGCUGUGGGGAUGCUUUGCUGCAGGAGGGACUGGUGCACUUCACAAAAUAGAUGCCAUCAUGAGGAAGGAAAAUUAUGUGGAUAUAUUGAAGCAACAUCUCAAGACAUCAGUCAGGAAGUUAAAGCUUGGUCGCAAAUGGGUCUUCCAAAUGGACAAUGACCCCAAGCAUAUUUCCAAAGUUGUGGCAAAAUGGCUUAAGGACAACAAAGUCAAGGUAUUGGAGUGGCCAUCACAAAGCCCUGACCUCAAUCAUAUAGAAGAUUUGUGGGCAGAACUGAAAAAGCGUGUGCGAGUAAGGAGGCCUACAAACCUGACUCAGUUACACCAGCUCUGUCAGGAGGAAUUGGCCAAAAUUCACCCAACUUAUUGUGGGAAGCUUGUGGAAGGCUGCUCGAAACAUUUGACCCAAGUUAAACAAUUUAAAGGCAAUGCUACCAAAUACUAAUUGAGUUUAUGUAAACUUCUGACCCACUGGGAAUGUGAUGAAAGAAAUAAAAGCUAUUAUUCUGACAUUUCACAUUCUUAAAAUAAAGUGGUGAUCCUAACUGACCUAAGACAGGUAAUGUUUACUAGGAUUAAAUGUCAGGAAUUGUGAAAAACUGAGUUUAAAUGUAUUUGGCUAAGGUGUAUGUAAACUUCCGACUUCAACUGUAUUUCUUCUUUCUUCACACAUCUGGUUGUGUUUACUUGCCGUCGGUGUCUCUGUGGAUGGUAUGAAUGUAUAGGGAAGGGUUAGUCAAAUGGCUUUGUGUGGUAGUCAUUUUAGAACUGAGUCAGUUCAGAGAAGUGUUAUUUCUUUAGCACUACAAAACACAUAUUUCGUAUACUUUGACUAGGUUACCAUAGUGAUAAGACAGCUCACAGGCACAUGUAGAUCCAUGUUUUUCCCACAAAUAAUGUGUUUAUCUGAUGACUGUUUGCAGUGGUGUAAAGUACAUGAAAGUACUACUUAAGUCGUUUUUUGGGGUAUCUGUGCUUUACUAUUUAUAUUUUUGACAACUUUUACUUUUACUUCACUACAUUCCUACAGAAAAUAAUGUACUUUAAUCCAUACAUUUUCCCUGACAUCCAAAAGUACUCGUUACAUUUCUUAUACUUAUUAGCAUGACAGGAAAAUGGUCUAAUUCACACACUUAUCAAGAGAACAUCCCUGGUCAUCCCUACUGCCGCUGAUCUGGCGGACUUAUUAAACACAAAUGCUUUGUUUGUAAAGGAUGUCUGAGUGUUGGAGUGUGCCCCUGGCUGUCCAUAAAUUUUAAAAAACAAGAAAACCAUGCCGCCUGGUUUGCUUAAAAUAAGGAAUAUGAAAUUAUUUAACUUUUGAUACGUAAGAAUAUUUUAGCAAUUACAUUGACUUUUGAUACUAUAUUUAAAACAAAAUACUGUGAGUGUUUUACUGGAUGACUUUCACUUUUACUUGAGUUAUUUUCUAUUAAGGUAUCUUUACUUUUACUCAAGUAUGACAAUUGGGUACUUUUUCCACCACUGACUGUUUGUCAAUCAAUGAAUAGCUGGGAAAAAAGUUAGGUUUAACUAAACGCUCUACCAAUGAUUGAAAACCUUGCAGGUAGAUAGAUGCUUAUAAUCCAACUCCAACUCAGUUGGCUAACUUUUCUUUUGUAUACCUUCCUCCCCACAGCCCUCUCACGACGUUCCAGCAUCCAGAGCUCCGGCAGCCACUAAGGUUCGUAAGACCAUCAGCAGCCGUGUGCAUGAGGCAGUGAAGGCCAUCGCCUUGGUGCACUGUGUGACGCCCGUGUACGAGGCCAACGGCGUGACGGACCAGGCCGAGGCGGAGCAGCACUAUGAGGACACCUGCAGAGUUUACCAGGCCGCCAGCCCAGAUGAGGUACACAACGGCUCACCCUCAAUACUAGACAUAGCUGUCCAUAAACACAGCAACCGGAGGUAGUUAGUAUUUUGCUCUGCGCAGUUAUAAUAUACUCCUUCGUUAAAAAUAGACCCACAUAUACCAAAAUAGCCUGUGAGUUGUCUACUCAACAGCCUCAGAAAUUUUAAGGGGAAUUGUCACUACGCCAUUACAGUAGGUAUGGUGACAGUAGAAUAAUGGAAUCCAGAUUAAAAGAUGGAGAGAGUCACUUCAAAUGGUUUUGCAGUUUGAACCCUUAUCGGUCCAUGCAGUGGACUACCUGCUACCCUUGAAGGAAACCUUGAGGAGACAAAUUACAUUCCACAUGUACCUAGCUGUGUCCUGGAUCACUAGGAAUCCUUUGAACUCCAGGAAAAAGGCUGAGGGGGAAUUCAGCUUGAUCCAUUUCCUGCAGUGUAAAUACGGAUUUCCUUAAUGUGCUCCCCAGUCCAUUGGGCUUACCCUAUCCACCCUUUGAAUCUCCUACCUUCACUGUAGAUACUUUGAUAUGGCCCACAGAUGUUGCUUUGUAGAGAGUUGAGGCCUAGUGUAUACUCAACUUCAUGCAAUACGAGCAUUGUUUUCCAGAAAUUGAAUUGUGGGUAACAUUUCUCAUAGGUUACAAUAUCAGUCAAUGUGUAGUUAUUUCCUUUCUUGAUUGAAUGUUUUUGCUGUUGUUACUAUAGGUAUAUUUUAUCAGCUUGAUAUGAUCUAGACUCAAAUUCAGUUUGUUUUCCAAUGGCUUCUCAGGAAGUCUUUAUAUAGAUAUGGUGUUGGCUGCCAGUUGAAGUGGUCACAAUGCCAGUGACAGUUGAAUGUGUGGUUUUUGGUAGGAAUCCAUUCACAAGCCAUUUAUCUAACUUGUUUUGUUGUGUUGGAUGUGAUACCUGUUUGCCAGACAUGAACUCGUUUUUUUUUUGUUGAUAAAAUCAAAAUGAAGAGUCCUGGUUGUUGUGUGGAGUAAUUUUUCCACAGCUUAUGCUUUUACAUCUGCUUAUUUAGUAUAUCAUACAUAUUAUGUCUAACAUAUUGAUUGUGAUAUCUACUCAAGAGAAGUGUGUUCCUAUAACAAAAAGCCAGAAGAGUAUCAAGUAUUUCUUGACGGUUCCACUUCCAAGCAGGACCAAUAAGAACUUUAGUUUAUGCCAAGCUGUGGUUUUGACUCCAGCCAUUUGCCAGUAGCAGGCCCAGACAUUCCCCUUACCAAGUGGGGCUGUUGUGGUGGAGGCUGGUUUACUGCAUGCCUCCACAGUGAAUGUAGCCUUCUAAUGUUACCAUGACUAAGUCAAACUCCUCAUUCUCCCCAACUUGUAUUACAUUUACAUUUUAGUCAUUUAGCAGACGCUCUUAUCCAGAGUGACUUACAGUUAGUGAGUGCAUACAUUUUUCAUACUGGCCCCCCGUGGGAAUCGAACCCACAACCCUGGCGUUGCAAGCGCCAUGCUCUACCAACUGAGCUACAGGAGGCCUGUAUGACAUAGUUUCUACUUCUGUUGCGCUUCUUGAUACACCAGCAAGCAAUGCCAAUGCAAACGACCAGGACAGGGAUCAGUAAAACCCACCACAGUUCAUCCCCAGGAUGUCCAUAUUGAUCACCAGCUCCAGUGAAGUCUGAACCAUUCACAGUAGUUGGCGCGAUGCCGAUGACAGUGCAAUCUUUUUUAAUCCUGAUGUUUCGAAACCAACAAGAUAGUCAGAGCUGUGUUGAUGUUUAUGGAGUUCAGAUCAGGGCCAAGCAUAGCCUCAGGCCAAAUAUUAGCAUAAAAUAAGGAUUAUUUGUUAGCUGGAGGAGCCUUGGUUUGGGACUGGACUCUGGGUGUUUAGGGGCCAACUGAUGCCUCGUUCUGUCCAUCUGAGAUCUACACUGAGUUUACCAAACAUAAGGAACACCUUCCCCCCUUUUGCCUUCAGAACAGCCUCAAUUCAUCGGGGCAUGGACUCUACAACGUGUCGAAAGCAUUCCACAGGGAUGCUGGCCCAUGUUGACUCCAAUGCUUCCCACAGUUGUGUCAAGUUGGCUGGAUGUCCUCUGAGUGGUGGACCAUUCUUGAUACACACAGGAAACUGUUGAGUGUGAAAAAUCCAGCAGUGUUGCAGUUCUUGACAUAAACCGGUGUGCCUGGCACCUACUACCAUACACCGUUCAAAGGCACUUCAAUCUUUUGUCUUGCCCAUUCACCCUCUGAAUGGCACACAUACACAAUCCAUGUAUCAAUUGUCUCAAGGCUUAAAAAUCCUUCUUUAACCUGUCUCCUCCCCUUCAUCUACACUGAUUGAAGUGGAUUUAACAAGUGACAUCAAUAAGGGAUCAUAUCUUUCACCUGGAUUUAUUUACCUGGUCAGUCUAUGUCAUGGAAAGAGCAUGUGUUCUUAAUGUUUUGUACACUGUUAGAGACCUGUCAGUGUAGGCAUGAGGGAUGAAUUGUGUUUUUGAUCUUGUGCUAAUAUCUGGUGGUCUGGAAGUUAUGGGGCAAUAAUAACUUCUGACCCUCCGGAAAUGAUUCCUUCAAUGAUUCUAAAUGUCAUCUGGCUUUAUCGUCAUGUGUCCUUCAAAAGAAACCAGAAAGAACAUGCAGCAUGUGGCUUUUAAAAUGAUUAUCUUCCUAGUUUGUCAAUCAAUUUAUCAAUCAAUUUUCUUUGAGUGCAGAAAAUGCUUUUAUAAUUGAUUUGAGCAGAAGUAGAACUGUGCUCUUUGCUCAGUUUAAUAUUUCCUGCUUAUUGCUAUUUCCUGUGAAAAGGUACAUCAUGUUAAAAUGGUCCAGUCUCCAUUUACCUCACCAACGGAUCUAUUUUUAUAACCACCCAUUCACCAAACUGUCUCCUCUGCCUUGCCUUGCUAGGUGUCGCUGGUGCAGUGGACUGAGAGUGUUGGACUGACCCUGGUCGGACGGGACCACAACUCCAUGCAGCUGAGGACUCCUAGUGGACAGAUCCUGAACUUCACCAUCCUGCAGAUAUUCCCCUUCACCUAUGAGAGCAAGCGGAUGGGAAUCAUAGUUCGAGUGAGUGCUGCUGACUGGGAAAUGAAUUUGGUUUGAAAAUGCAAAUUUGAGUCAUUCAUUUACAAUUGCCAGAGGUGUUUGCAUUCCUGAGGUCAACUAAUGUAUUGUGGAAGAUGAUUUGUAUUUUGCUUGAUUGCCAGCCAACUGUUAGUGUUUGGACGUAACUGCUCUUUUGAAAGAUCGAUUCUAUAGCUGAAACCAGUGGGGCCAACUGGUUGGGGCCAACUGCUCUUUUGAAAGAUACAUUUUAUGGCUUUUGAACCUGGGCAUUGAUCCAGUGAUCCAUCAAGACGAAGACUGAUCUGAGAAAGACUUUACCCGGCUAUGAACCCUAUGACUAAGUCUCUGUGCUGUCUGCAUGACUAACUAUUGUUGUUGGCUUGGAUAGACAUGGUAUAACUCUACUUCAGGAAGCAUGGGAUUGAACUUGGGUUCCUCGAGAAAAUAUUUUCAAACACGUCUGAGACCCCUUGUGAUCAUCAACACCAAAAUAAGUUUCCCUUUCUAAACAACCAACCGACAAUAAUAAACUCAUAUUUUAUGUGCAUCCCUACACAAGUGCUGAGAGUCAGGGGGAAACCCCGGAGUGCACCUUAUUGAUUGAUGUGAAUGUUUUUCUUCUAUUUUGUUUGUCAAGCAUGGAAUUAAGGUAAUGACAGUGAAUGGUCUGUUUUACAGGAUGAGUCUACGGGAGAGAUUAGCUUCUACAUGAAGGGUGCAGAUGUGGUGAUGGCUGGCAUCGUCCAGUAUAACGAUUGGCUGGAAGAAGAGGUAUGUUUUCCUUCCUCUAGUCUAGAACAAGUCAUUUUAGUUUGAAUAAAAGACCACCAUGAUUUUUAUAUAUCGUGUUGCGGUCAUCUAUAGCGGUAGCUGUCAAUUUACCCUUUUUAUUGGGAUGGUUCAGAGACGUUGUGUAUGUUUUGAACAUUUUGUUCUGAUAUUAAUAUUUUGGUGAUGCUUUUGCUCUUUCUUCCAGUGUGGAAAUAUGGCCAGGGAAGGUCUGAGGGUCCUGGUUGUUUCUAAGAAGUCUCUAACAGAGGAACAGUACCAAGACUUUGAGGUUAGUAGCAUUCCCUCUCUGUCUUUGAAUGAGCUUAAAUGUAACUGUCAUCACGUUGAUCCAUAGGGUAUGGGACUUAAUGGUAGGGACUGUGCCAUAACCAAAGCCAACAGAAGGAGGAUGUUGUUUAGAUGGAGAAUGAAUUGACUGUCCUGAGUAACCAAGCCCACCGUCAGCGACCUUGACAUUUCAGUGUUUCAUAUCCAUUUGGCAAACUCAUUAGUGAGACUGAAGCCCAGGGUAUCCAUCUUGGUUUAAGUUGGCUUCUGUAUGCACAUCCACAUAGCAGGUCAAAAGGACUCAGUAGGUUAAUUCCUACAUGGUAUUGGUUUUAUUAUGACAGGGUCAUAAACAGAAGGGGAAUUCAUUUUGAUUUCUGAGAAUGUAAGAUGAUACCGGGUGUGUUAUAGCAGUUAUAACAACAUUCAUUGUUAACUUUUACUAGUUGAUGCAACUCUCUCUUCUUGUGUUGUUGUGCCCCAGUUAAUCAUUGUGUUGGUUACCACUCCUCACAAUCUCGAGGAGAUUUCAGUCAAAUAAUUUUUUGUAGGAUGAUAAUAUACACUGAGUGUACAAAACAGACUGACCAGGUGAAUCCAGGUGAAAGCUAUGAUCUCUUAUUGAUGUCACUUGUUAAAUCCACUUCAAUCAGUAUAGAUGAAGGGGAGGAGACAGGUUAAAGAAGGAUUUUUAAGCCUUGAUUCAAUUGAGACAUGGAUUGUGUAUGUGUGCCAGCCAGUCAUAGGGUGAAUGGGCAAGACAAAAUAUGUAAGUGCCUUUGAACGGGUUAUGGUAGUAGGUGCCAGGCACACUGGUUUGAGUGUGUCAAGAACUGCAACGCUGUUGGGUUUUCCACGCUCAACAGUUUCCCGUGUGUAUCAAGAAUGGUCCACCACCCAAAGGACAUCCAGCCGACUUGACACAACUGUGGGAAGCAUUGGAGUCGACAUGGGCCAGCAUCCCUGUGGAACGCUUUCAACACCUUGUAGAGUCCAUGCCCCGACGAAUUCAGGCUGUUCUGAGGGCAAAAGGGGGUGCAACUCAAUAUUAUGAAGGUGUAACUAAUGUUUUGUACACUCAAUUUAUAACUAAUUCAUUUAUAUUCCUCAACAAAGCACGCACUGUACAGGUUUUGUCAUGUCCUUCCUUAGGACUCCCGAGUGGCGCAGCGGUCUAAGGCACUGUAUCUCAGUGCUUGAGGCGUCACUACAGACCCCUUGGUUCGAUUCCAGGCUGUAUCACAACCGGCUGUGAUUGGUAGUCCCAUAGGGCAGCGCACAAUUGGCCCAGCGUCGUCCGGGUUUGGCCGGUGUAGGCCGUCAUUGUAAAUAAGAAUUUGUUCUUAACUGACUUGCCUAGUUAAAUAAAAGUAAAAUAAAAAAAAUGUCCUGAAUAUCAACCUAGUACCUGCCAACAACAACAAAUACAAAAACAAAAUAGUUUCCACAGAUACUUUCACCAUUGUUCUUCAAAUGUCAGUGUGUUGUUUGGUGCUCAGAUCACACACACACACACACACAUUCUCAGGGCGAGCAGGGCAGUCAGUGUUUCCCAUGCAGCCCCAGCCCCAUUGCGGGAGUGUAUAAUUUUGUGAGCUGGCUGGUGGGCGGUGGUGACUCACUAUCUAAGUGACUCACACACAGAGUUUGUGUUCCUGAGUGAGUCACUCAGAUAGUUUUUGCUUUAUCUCACUCUGAAAAUUGCCUUCUGAGCUGGAGACUGCUGGGCGUUUACUUGCUGAUCGAUGUUGUUGUUAUUCCUCUAACCACCCAGAACUUGUUACAUUUGAUGAAUUUGUAUGUCUGACAAUUGAUAAAUCAAUCUAGUUAAACUCCAACAUGCUAUAUUCACAUAUUUUAGGCAUCCAAUCCAAAUCUUUUCUCCAUAUUUCUCCCCUGUUACUUUCUUCACCCACAGGCCCGAUACAUCCAGGCCAAGCUGAGUGUGCACGACCGGUCUCUGAAGGUUGCCACAGUGAUCGAGAGCCUGGAGAUGGAGAUGGAGCUGCUAUGUCUGACGGGGGUAGAGGAUCAGCUUCAGGCUGAUGUACGGCCCACCCUGGAGAUCCUACGCAACGCAGGCAUCAAGGUCAGGGGGCAGGGGUCACCGGGGCAGGGGGAGACUGACGCAUAGCAACAACACUUAGCACUUCACUUCAAUACACUUUAUUUAUCCCUGGGCUUUGUGGCCUCUGUAGCUGUUGUUAUGUGUUGUGUCAUUGUUUGAAUGUGGAUAAUAAAAGUAAAACAUGUUAAUCACACAGAAAUGUCAUUUAAAAACUUUAUUACCUGUGUAGGUGUGGAUGUUAACUGGAGACAAGCUGGAAACAGCCACGUGCACGGCUAAGAACGCCCAUCUGGUGACCCGCAACCAGGACAUUCACAUCUUUAGAUCGGUGAGUGGAGAAGCAGUAGAGGGCAUUUUUCUGUUUAAUAACUGUAAUUUGAAUAUCAUAUUUAUUGUGGAUUAGAAUAAAUAGCUUUAGCAUAAAGAGUAAUUCCUAGUUCACAGGGCCAUCCACAGUUUCCUGUCUGCCCUGACCUUAUUGGGACAUCCAUCCUCUGUGUUGUGAAUGCCCAGAGCGGUGGUAAUGUAGUCCCCCAGCCCAGCCAAGAUCCGUUGGAUAACUGGCAGGCCCAACAAUAAAUACCUCACACAGGAAUAAGCAUCCAAUCCAAGCCAGUGUAAAACAGACCUGAGCUCUCCAGAUCUGGGUUCAAAUUCUAUUUGAAAUCAUUUAAUAUACUUUAGCUUUGGUUGAAUGAUCUUCCCUGUUGCAAUAUAACCAAUAGAUAGGUCCCAGAAGUACAAACCCUGCCAACCCGAUGCUCCAGGCAGGCUAAAGCAAACACUCGUAUUUGAACGAUUUCAAACAGUAUUUGAACCCAGGUCUGGAAACAGGCCGGUAAGAACCAGCUGAACCACUCCCUGGGGGAACACAAAGACAGAGAACCUAACUUCCUAAUUUGUUUUGCAGGCUUAGCUCUCAAACUCCACUAUUGCUUUGAUAGUCCUUUGACUUCCCUUUUGGCUGAUCUCCAGUUGCAGAAAAGGAGAGCUUGCCUGAUAUAGGAAUGUUAGGAGUUGUGUACAACAGUUGUUACUGGAAGAGGAUAACAAUGGCUGGCACAGCAUGAAAACAGUCCCCUUGCUUCUCCCAGCGGAGCAGGGCAGGGGCUGUGACUGUUGAGUGGUCCAAUAGCCAGGGCAUCUGCUAUUGGCUUCCUGGUUUGACACAAAUGGCACCUGGGUUGACGACUUGCCGUAUGAACAGGCAAUAGGAGAGGAAUAUAGCCAUACCAGUGCAGAACAUUGGUUGACAGAUUGAUGUCUUGUGGUCAUUUCCAGUUCCACAUUUCUGGUAUUUUGAGUCCACAUAUAAGUUUGACAGAGUUGCAGAAACAAUGGGAUGUUUUCUUGUUAAUGUGCCCUAUUGCAAUGUCAGCACAAUCAACCUCCAUAUUUGAUAAUAAAUAGUAGUCUAUAGAAACCCACAAAAUGAGCCAUGGUUGAGCUGGUUCAUGUCCUGGUUCUCCUUAUGGUUUUAUAACUUACUUUGGCAUUUCAAAUCACAUGUUCAACAGUUAUGGCUAUGGUUUGUAUGCUCAGUUGACAGUUGAUCAGUUCACCCUGAUGCUAAUCUGGAGUGUGGAUGACAGUUGCAGUCAGGAGAGCAGCUACUCCUACUGCUGUGGGUUAGAUAGCCAUCUGUAUGUCUGUGUGUCUGUGACCGUGAUGGUAAGCCCUGUACUGUCUGUGGUCCUAGGUGACGACGCGAGGAGAGGCCCAUCUGGAGCUCAACGCUUUCAGGAGGAAACACGACUGUGCUCUGGUCAUAUCAGGGGACUCACUGGAGGUAAGCUGAGCACCGUCCUCACUCUGAACAUUUGACCUUGUCUGUGUAAACCAAACCAAAGCACUGUUACUGAAGAGGCCUUUGGUGGUGGCUGUGGUAUUGGUAAGAGUCAGUCUAACAUGGGAAAAAGUCUCACUUGAAACACUUGAGAAACCUCAACUUGUUUUGAGUCUUAUCCAAUCACACUGCUGCAUUGUUUUGGGUCUCAAUUGACAACUUCCUACAUAAAUGUAGCAGACGUUGAGGAAGGAACCUAUAUCAUUGAUAAAGAUCCAGACAUAAGCUACAGUUGGUCAUUGGCCCCUGGCUUGUUGUUCAAACCUCCUUUGUCAUACUCUGCUUCUCCUGCAGGUGUGUCUGAAGUUCUAUGAGUAUGAGUUUAUGGAGCUGGCGUGUCAGUGUCCUGCGGUGGUGUGUUGUCGCUGCGCUCCGACCCAAAAGGCCCAGAUAGUCCGGCUGCUGCAGGAGCGCACAGGCAAACUCACCUGUGCUGUAGGUGAGUCUCCCCAGUGUCAGCCCCAAGCUUUUCUCUAUUGGGACAUUACAGAGUUACAGAGUUAACAAUUCAGCUCACUGAAACUCUCCAAUUACAUUUCACUGCAGGGUUACUGAUCUGUACGUUAAAGAUAUUGAAUGGUAUUGUUUUCAUGAUAUAAACUUGAUGAACAGUUUGCAGACGUCAGAUCGAGGGAGUCGCGCACACACACACACACACACACACACACACACACACACACACACACACACACACACACACACACACAGAGCCCUCUCUCUUGUGAGUCACAUUAACAGACGUAUUCCUCCUGACACCUCCACUGAUAUCUGUUUGUUUUCUCUUAGGGGACGGAGGAAACGAUGUCAGCAUGAUCCAGGAAGCCGACUGUGGCGUGGGAGUGGAGGGCAAAGUAAGAAUCUCUCUGUCCCUGUCGCCUUGAUGCUCUGCUUUCACUCACACACACACUCUCUCUCUGCCAUCGGAAUGUGUUGUGUGUUUCCUGAGAGUUGGCUUCCAUCUGGCCAGAGCAUCUUUUAACAUACAUUUGUCACUUGUUUAUGUAAUAUCAUGCACAGAUGAUUCCUUUUUGACUGUGUGAAAGCAUGUCAUGGGUGUAGAGGAAAUGAAUGUGACAGAGUGGUAUUGUCUUCUGUUCUGAUUGGGACUGCAUGAACUGUAGUGCUGACAGGUCAACCAUGCAGAGUUCCUACAUCAUUGACAGAUUGCUCCAGCAAAUACAGACAACAGCUCCACAUAAACUCAAUAGUUGGUAAUUAUUGGCAGAAAUAGGGAACUAUAUUUACUCAAAGUGGCAGUUUGGCAUUCCACUUUUCAGUUGAUCACUUAGUUUAAACUUUUCCUCUAAACUUUUGGACCAACUACUCUUUAUAUACACUCGUAAAAAGUGUUAUUCUGGUUAAAGAAGACCUUUGCUAACCUUUUGAAAAUGUAUCUUAUUUUCCACCACCAUGUUGUUCGUUGACAGGAAGGGAAGCAGGCAUCUCUGGCUGCAGACUUCUCUGUGACUCAGUUCAAGCACUUGGGCCGACUCCUCAUGGUCCACGGGCGAAACAGCUACAAGAGAUCCGCCGGCCUCUCCCAGUUUGUCAUCCACCGGAGCCUGUGCAUCAGCACCAUGCAGGUAGGCAGGACCAGGGUACCAAAGGGUGGAGCGGUUGUGGAGUGAGUCAGGAUACGGAGUGCCAGAAGCUUCUUUGUGAGCCUGCAGCACCAGCCCCAGAGCCCCAGUUCCAGUGGGCAGUGAGGGUACCUAGGGCCAGGCAUAGUGAGUUGGAGCAGAGUGGAGAGUGAGUCAGAGUAGGUGACCCCAGGAGCUCUUCUGGGAGGCCCCAGCCUUCAGUGUCAACCCCCAGCCUCAGCCCUUGUGAGUACCACAGCCCAAGCAUCCAGCCCCAGCUCUUCAGCCUGCUAGUCUGCCAGACCAAGGAAAAAGGGAAAGCCAUGUGAGUCACCAGGCCAUAGGCUCACUAGUUAGGGAGGCCCCCAUGUGUCUCGGAUUAACGCUGCCCACAACCACAGCUGUUAACUGUUUGGUAUAGGGCAUGAGCUGGCCCAGCUCUAUGCCUGGCUGCUGUUCCAACCAUGUAGCAUCAUACUAGUAUUCAGUGUUAGUCAGUGUUCUAAACUACGUAGUAGAAGUAGUGCCUCGACAGAGUGAUAAUACUAGGUUUACUACUUCACUUUUAUAACCUAUUCUUAGGGCUAUUACUUCAAUCAAUUAACUCAUUUUUAGAUUAAAGUAACGUGUAGAUAGUUUGGGCAAAUUGUGUCAAUGGUGUUGUGUAUUACAGUUCUCAAUACAAAGUUAAGCACACAAGUUUUACAUACAGUAAUGAUUACUCAUUCAUGAUCUCUUCUUCCUCCCCCAGGCUGUGUUCUCCUCUGUCUUCUACUUUGCCUCUGUACCCCUCUACCAAGGAUUCCUCAUUAUUGGGUGAGCUGAUCUUCACAAUGGCAUUUCAGCUAUGUGUUAGCUCCAUGUUUUGUUGAUAUUUAGAUUGUGUUGACGUAGUGUUGCUAUGAAACUACUAUGAGAUGACUUGAACCCUACUGACUCAUCAAAACCCUCUCUGUCCAGCCUUAGAAUGGAGGUCAGAGAACUGUACUGAAAUCUGUGACGAUUGAUAUUAGUAGCCACAUAACCAUACGUGAAGCUUCAAUCCUAAAGUAAACUAUUUUACAUUCUACAGUUAAUGUUCUAUGGCAGUUAAUGUCUGGUAAUGAGGUGCCUGAGAAAAUUCAUGUUCUUUUUGUAAAAAAAUAAAUAAUAGCAUUUCAAAUUCUCUACUAUCGUCUGCAAUCUGCAAAUACUUUUUGUGAAUGUUCUUUAUUUUAGCUACUCCACCAUCUACACCAUGUUCCCUGUGUUCUCCCUUGUGUUGGAUAAAGAUGUGCAGUCAGAAGUAGCCAUGCUCUAUCCUGAGUUAUAUAAGGAUCUCCUAAAGGUAAUUCAUGUCUUUAUUGGCUGUAUCAUUUGCAUUGUGUUAUAGCAGGCAAAAAUUGUUUUAAUACAUACUGCAUAAACUUCUCUUCACACUCGAGAAUACUUUACAAACACAUAUUUGCACAUAUUUCAGUUUUCAUUAAAUCUUUACUAGUUAUUGUGUGUGGAUUAAUUGUUCAAAUCGUUCUAUUAUUCCUCCUUUCAGGGUCGACCUCUGUCCUUUAAGACGUUUUUGAUAUGGGUACUAAUAAGUAUUUAUCAAGGUAAGUUGGUUGUGGAAAUAAUGAUACAUUAGGUAGCUUGAGUAUUUGUUGAUAUGCAUUCCUAUAGAUAGGGAUUUUGUUAUGUUUUGUUGUUGGAAAACAACUAAUCCCUUAGGCCUCUCUCACACAGUUACUACUUUAGAAACGGCCCUGCCCUGUGGUGGAGGAUCCAUGAUGCUCCCCACCAGCCCACACAUUUUCUUCUUAAUUGCUAGUAGUAGAGUUUAUUUAUGUCUGUGCGUUGUAAAUGUUAAAUAACCUAAGGUUGUUUUCCAACACAGGCCAUUUGUGUUGCAAAGGCGUUGCCAGAAUCAUCCAAAGCUACACCCCUAAACCUUUUGUCUACCGCUCAGUGCUCAAUCCCUACCUCCCACCUUUCCCUUUCCAAAUAGUUUGUUUGGCAGAAUAUUCCAGUUGAUGGAAGAUCCUUAGCCAUGAUCCUUUUUGAUUCUUAUUUGCCAUUGAGUGGGCCUGGUUUCUGUGUUUAAGGCCAUUGGUGGGUUGUUUGGUAUUUAUUCCAUUACAGUUUUCCACGGAGGCAAUGUUUUGUAUGCUUUUUUAAAAUAAUAAUAAUGAGAAAAAUAUUAUUUUAUUGUCAAAUGUAUACGAAUGUCUAACAGAAAAAUUACUUCUGUCUGGUCCUGACCCCUCCACAAUUUUUACUCAGUGAUGAGAAUGCUGCUGUAUUCAAUUCAUAACUAUGAUACAACCCAUGUUAGGUCUGUUGGUAUUAAUUACAUUUUCAAUCGCAGGAAGUGGGGUUUUACGUCCCGUUUUAAAGGUCACAUUAACAAUCAGAGAGGUUAUGGAAGUGUUAAAAAAAGAUGGAAAAGUGAAAAACUUCCUUUUCCUCUUCCUGACAUGGGAAACUGUGAGAAAUCUUGACAUCGAUUCCCUUAUUUUUUUAAUGCAAAAUAUAUACAUCUGGUUGUACUGUGUUGAAAACUUUCUUAGUUGUAUUUCAAUUGUCCAUUGCUCUUGAUAAGAUAACAGAAUAAGCAGAGCCAAGGUUCAUGUUGAACAUUACAGUUACAGGUGUUGUAUCUAAUUUUGUCACUCUGUCGCAGAGAAUUUUCUUGUGCCGCAUGAAUUCAAAUGAGCCUUGUGAUUUACAUACAUUUACUGAAAACCCGUAGUUAUCAUUUCUCUCACUAGAUCUAACACCUAAACUAUAUCCUACUGUAGCCUAUCAAACCGAAUUUCCCGGUAGUUAUCACUUUAUUUUUAUUUUUUAUAAUCAAAUCCUCCUGCUGCAGGAGUCAUUUUACUCCUGUGAGAAACUGGUCAAAUUAUGAUCCAACAUAUUUAGCCACUCAAUCAGCUUUUUAAUGGCUCCAAAGUGUCUGCCGGUUGUUUGAUUUAUUGAUUGAUUGAUUUCAUUUAUUCGACAAUUAACAAACAUAUAUACAGCUACACACCAAUGCAAUGGCAGUGCUCUUGACAUUGUGCUGCCUGUUCUCUGUGCUCCUUAGGCAGUAUCAUCAUGUAUGGGGCAUUGCUGCUGUUUGAGUCAGAGUUUGUCCACAUCGUGGCCAUCUCCUUCACCUCACUGAUCCUCACUGAGCUGCUGAUGGUGGCGCUCACCAUCCAGACAUGGCACUGGCUCAUGAUCGUAGCCGAGCUCCUCAGUCUGGCCUGCUACAUCGCUUCGCUCGUCUUCCUGCACGAAUUCAUAGGUGCGUAAACAUGCAUACUGUGCUCAAACAUGCACACACACACACACACAGACUCUUCAGCGUAGCCUGUUACGUUGCCUUGCUCGUCUUCCUGCACAAGUUCAUAGGUGGGUAAACGCUCAUGCGUACACCCCCACACUUUUAAUGGCCAAAGAAUUCCUAUGUCUGGAAUUUUGAUACUGAUGAAGCAAAAUAAUGCAGCCACAAUUGUAUUUACCUGUACUCAGUGAUAGAUUGAUUGUAAUGGGCUUUCCCAGAGUCCCUGCCCUUGGAUUCUUACGUCAGCAUUCAGUGAUGACAGGGUCUUCUCCAUGUAUACAGUGCCUCUGGUGUCCAGUUAGCCCUGGGCUGGCUGGGACCUGGAAUGUACUGCCAGUAGGAAGUCCUGCUAAAGGUGAAUAAAGUAACAAAUAGUACCAGAGGAGCGCAGCCAGCCACCGGCAUGCUAGAGUGUUGAAGUGGAAAUGCCAAAGUCUCAUGUUAGUUUCCUGCUUCAGCUACCACACACACACUGGCCAAGGUCUUUGUGUUUAUGACCAAACAGAGGCUGUAGCUCAGAAACUACUGUACCACAUGUCGAACAUCACACUCUGCUUUCUAUAUAAUUUUAUAAAGCUAUAAUUGAGUGUUUUAUUUAUGCAAACCGUGGUUUGUCACUUAAAAAGCCUAAGGUUUUGUUUACACAGGCAGCUUAAUUCAGAUAUUUUGCCAAUUAUUUGCAUAUCUGAUACCUUUCUGAUAUUUUCCCUAAUGUGUAAAUAGUGAAAAACCACAUGGAAUCUGAUCUUUUGACUUCCGAUUUACACCACCUCCAUAUGUGGAUCUGAAUCCUGAUACAAACCCGAUCCUCUGUCUGGCACUCGGAUAAGAUUUUUUUGCUCAAGUGUUGUUGUUUUUUUGGACAUGAGCUGUUGUUACCAUGACAACCACCCCAAAUGUAAAGGAACAGUGACAUGAAAUGAGCAUUGCAUUUGUGUGCUACUUCAGAGGCUACAUCUGUGUGAAUGCGCAAAUCUGAUAUGGGUCACAUGUAAAACUGAGUGUGGACAGUCAGAAAAAAAUAUUUUGAUAUAGAAAGAAAAUCAGAUUUGGGUUCUUAGGCUGGCUGUGUACAAAUGCAGUAGUUGCAUAGAUUCCAAUAAUUUACUCCACAGUCUCUAUUUGCUUUUUCCAAAUGCUAUUUUAGACCUUUUUGUGGGGUGUGAAGGUCAAUUUCAGACCACUGAGCAUUAUGACUUGAACGUGGUCAAAAGUGCCCUUCUCAUCCUUCUCUAUCGUAAAAGAGAGGCCAUUUUAACUUUUAACGUCACAAGUGACACCAAAGGUACAUUAUGUCCUUGAAUGGAACAGCUUGAAUGCAAGUCAGUUACAUGGCAAGCCAUUUCCCUCAUCUGCCAUAUAUAUUUAGAUGCUAGGUCUCCCCCCUAGUCACUAAAUGAACUGAGUAGUGGCAACUGAAAUACAAACAGUAGUCAUACUAACCUGAUUACAUUAAGUCAUACAUACUCAAUUCCUCAUAUAUAAAACAUCUUUGCUUAAAUGACCCACCAUCCUGCCCUCUCUUUCCUUGGCUGUUUCUAGAUGUAUAUUUCAUCGCCACGCUGUCGUUCCUGUGGAAGGUGACGGUCAUCACCCUGGUGAGCUGUCUACCCCUCUACAUCCUCAAGUACCUGCGCAGACGCUUCUCACCGCCCAACUACUCCAAGCUCACCUCCUAG